GGGGAGGGAAUUUUACAGCAAAACUGUUGGGGCCGGCGAGGGAGCGGCGUUGGGGCCUCACGUUCCAUUGUUUAGGGGCGUGCUAGUGAUAACUCACGAGACUAAUUAACCUGCACAGUCAAGCGGUGCUGAGCAGGCAGAAAAGAAAGUAAUUGACGGGCUGCUUUCAGUAUUAUUGUUAGAGGCGUGCGUGAGAGAGACAAGUAUGGGUGUUAUGUCCGGUACACCUGAUCUGAUCACUGAGCGAAUAGUGAAAAAUGUAUCGCGUGGGUUCAUGUAAAACAUGUGCGUUUUGGCGGAUGUAUAAACGGCCCGAAGAGAAGUCCAUAGCCUGUUGUGCUCGGCGAGACACCAGUGUCCGUUAAACGGGCACGUCAUAUCGCACUGGGCCUAUUCUUGGAGGUGUCACCAGCUUAUGAUCCCGUGGCAUUAAUAGUGACAUGCAGCUGACAGUAGCGGCUUUAAGCAAAAAAUAACGGAGUGAGAGACUAAAUUCAAUGGAAGGCUUUUCCUUCCCUAGUGGAGAGAUUCAAAGGAAAAACCCUCAGAAUGACUUUGAGCUCAUUCAGAGAGUGGGAAGUGGCACCUAUGGAGACGUGUACAAGGCGAUGACUUUGGAAUCAUAGAGCAAGAAAUCUUCAUGGUUAAAGAAUGCACUCACCACAAUAUUGUAGCCUAUUUUGGGAGUUACCUUCAUCGGGAGAAGCUCUGGAUCUGCAUGGAAUACUGCGGUGGUGGAUCUCUACAGGACAUAUACCAUGUGACGGGUCCACUUGCUGAGCAACAAAUUGCUUAUGUCUCCAGGGAAACAUUGCAGGGUCUUGGGUAUCUGCAUAGCAAGGGUAAAAUGCACCGUGACAUCAAGGGUGCAAAUAUACUGUUAUCAGACAAUGGGGAUGUAAAGUUAGCUGAUUUUGGAGUGGCUGCCAAAAUUACAGCAACCAUUGCAAAGAGGAAGUCAUUUAUUGGAACACCUUACUGGAUGGCUCCUGAGGUAGCUGCUGUAGAAAAGAAUGGUGGCUAUAAUCAGUUAUGUGAUAUCUGGGCAGUGGGCAUUACAGCAAUUGAGCUAGCAGAACUACAGCCACCCAUGUUUGAACUUCACCCAAUGAGAGCUUUAUUUCUAAUGUCUAAAAAUAGCUUUCAGCCACCCAAACUGAAAGAUAAAACAAAAUGGUCAAGCCUGUUCCACAAUUUUGUGAAGGUUUCUUUGACAAAAAAUCCAAAGAAAAGACCAAAUGCCGAAAAGUUGCUAACGCACGGAUUUGUAACACAGCCUGGACUGAACAGAAUGCUUGCUGUAGAGCUACUGGAUAAAAUGAGCAAUCCAGAGAGACACGUGCAUUAUGAGGCAGAUGAUGAUGACCCCGAGCCACUUCCAGUUGUCCGUCAUACUAUUCGUUCAACAAAUAAGAAUUCCAGAGCUGAAAGGACUCUGUCAGAAAUUAACUUUGACAAGAUGCAGUUUGAACCUCCUCUCAGAAAAGAAACUGCAGCACAUGCUGAAAUGGAUGUGACUAAAGACAGCGACUUCUCCUCCCAGUGGAGCCCAUUUUCUGAAGGAGGAAUCAUAAAGAAGAGCCUUCUCAAAAGCAUAGAGGAGGAAUUAUUUCAACGGUGUGCAGAUCCAGUUACUAGAGAUGCAGAAUUAGCAGCUCAAAGGGGACUCCUAGGCCGCACAGAAGACGGUUUUGAAGAUGUCAAUUUGUCAACAAUGAAGCGAGCGGAUCCCCCUCCCCUUCCUCCAAAGCCUCGCAUUUACAGCACCUCUGAUGAAUAUAUGUUGGAUGAGAAGUGUUUAACAGUGCGUCGAUUACCACCUGUAGACAAUGGGCCUGCAUUUUCACAGAGGAGGCAGAGUACACCCAUAUCCACCUAUCAAGUUGAGCAGACUAUUCCAGGUAUUUUGUCUGCAAGUGUAAGCAGCCCUGGUCUGCUGUCCCAUUCCUUCGAAACAGGUAAUGAGGAUAGUGACAUGAAUGUAAAUGGUGAAUGUUCUGUGCAGCCCUCAUUGAGUCCACAGAAAAAAGAGAAAAGAGACUAUCCAAAGCCAUCUGUCAAUGGUCUUCCACCAACACCUAAAGUUCUUAUGGGUGCUUGUUUUUCAAAAGUGUUUGAUGGCUGUCCUCUGAAAAUUAACUGUGCAACAUCAUGGAUUCACCCUGAUACUAAAGAUCAGUACCUGAUCUUUGGAACAGAAGAGGGAAUUUACACAUUGAACCUGAAUGAGUUACAUGAGGCCACAAUGGAGCAGCUGUUUCCAAGGCGGUGUACCUGGCUUUAUGUUAUAAACAACAAUUUAAUGUCCUUAUCAGAAGGAAAAACAUUCCAGCUUUAUUCACACAAUCUCAUCGGACUAUUUGAACAGAUGAAAAAACCUGGGCUUGCAGCACAGCUUCAGACUCAUAGGUUUCCUGAUAAAAUAUUACCAAGAAAGUUUGCCUUGACAUCAAAAAUCCCAGACACAAAAGGAUGCCACAAGUGUUGCACUGUGAGGAACCCAUACACAGGACACAAGUACCUGUGUGGAGCUCUGCAGUCUGGAAUUGUCCUCCUUCAGUGGUAUGAACCCAUGCAAAAGUUUAUGUUAAUAAAGCACUUUGACUUCCCACUACCUGACCCCUUGAAAGUCUUUGAGAUGCUAGUGGUUCCUGAACAGGAAUUUCCCAUGGUAUGUGUAGCAGUCAGUAGAGGGGGUGAGCCUGGACAAGUGGUACGAUUUGAGACCAUCAAUCUCAAUUCUUCCUCAUCAUGGUUUACAGAGAUUGGCUCAGGUGGUCAUCAGAUGGAUGCUAUACAUGUUACACAACUUGAAAGGGACACUGUGCUGGUCUGCUUGGAUAAGAAUUUAAAAAUUGUUAAUCUUCUGGGUAAAUUAAAAUCUAGCAAGAAACUAGCAUCAGAGCUGAGUUUUGACUUCUGCAUUGAGUCUGUGGUGUGCCUCCAGGACAGUGUAUUAGCAUUCUGGAAACAUGGAAUGCAGGGCAAAAGCUUUAAAUCAAAUGAGGUUACACAGGAAAUCUCUGAUUCAAGUCGGGUUUUCCAUUUACUAGGAUCUGAUAGGGUUGUGGUUUUGGAAAGCCGACCAACUGAUAACCCAUCUGCUCAGAGUAACUUGUACAUUCUAGCUGGCCAUGAAAACAGUUACUGAGUCUGUCAUGGAAAACAACUUUGGAGUGGCUUCAAAAAACUUACUAAAAUGGCAUAGAAGGGCUCUAUGAUGUCUUGUUGCCUUUUAAAGAGAAUAACGUUAAAGUGGACUGCAGGAGAAAAAUGAGAAUCAUGGAGGUUAUUGUAAACUAAUUACAGUCAGUGAGACUGCACAGAUGCAGGUAGAUAUGACUCAGUUGGAAUAGCUAAGAAAGGUUGAGUAAGCUGGAAGUAGAAAAAAUGUGUUUCUGUGUGAUUAGUCCAACUAAAAUAAUGAGCACCAAGCUAUUAGUGUUUAGCAUUUGGAAAUGUCAUCUUCACACACAAGUUCAACAACUGUUACUUAAAGUAAGUAAAUAAUAAAAGUUACUUAAAGCUUAUAAAAUGUUACCUAGAAGCACAGUGUUCCAGUUGUGUAUACUGUUAAGUACAUGAUGCAUAUAUGUACGUACAUAGAUUGUCCUUUUCACUAUAGUGCCAUACAAAAACAAUGGUCAAUGACUUGUUUGCAAUAUGUGUAUAAAGUUGCGUUAAGAAGAGAUAGAAGUCUUGUUUUGAGUAAUUUUAAAUAUUUUAAUAUUGAUUUAAUGCAGUAUAUAAAUGACAACGUAAGGUAGUAAUCCUGACUGAAAAAAUUAUACAUGAACUACUUUUUACUUUGUUUUGUAAAAGGAAAUAUUUAAAGUUAUUUAUUAAUCUGCUGAUACAGGUUAUUGCUGUUUUUAACUGGUUAAAGUACUUUUGCUAUGAUCUGUAAAAAAAAAAAAAGUCUUAUUUAGAACAGGUUUUGAGCAACUAUUUCUUGGGCUUUUUGUAGCAACAAGAUAUCCUAUCAAAUGCCCUUUGGUCAGGAACUAUCUUAGAAGCUCAGUGGUCUUUCCAACAGUGAGCACACACAAUGGGAAGCUAACUUUACUUUAAUUUGACCUCUAUAAGGAGUCAUACUUUUCUAGUGAAGUGCUAUUUAUUUUUAUCAUGAGCAGUUUUGUAAGCACCGCUUGUAGCAUUUUUGACCAUUACGAUUUGUUACUAUUAUGUUUUUUAAACAACAUAAGCUCAGCGGCAGCUAGAGCUCAUUUUAGCAAUAAUAGUGUCUCAUUUGAGGGUUGGAGGGUUUAUAAUAGCUUGUUUAGUGUUCAUUAAAAUGUUUAAUGUACCUUAUUUAACUCUUUAACAGAUUUUAUUUUUUCUGCUGUGUAUAUUUGCACCAUAUUAGCACUUUUGUACAUUUUUCUUAUUUUUUCAAAGAAGGCAGGGUGUUUUGGUUUUCAUAAGUUCAUAACUGCCCAAAUUCUUAAAGAUUUUUGUAAGUGAGCCACUGUUCUGUUAAUAAAGUUUUAAUACCCAA